UUCAUUAGUAGUGCAAUGAUAGAGAGAGAAUUUUAAACAAUUGUUAUCUUUGAUACAAUGACUCUAAACUCAGUUCUUGGAACUAGAUCAACGCCAUUCGUGUUGUGUUAGUACACUUGUGGUUAAAGCUUUGCAUUUUAGUUGAUUUUCAGCAUUAAGCUACAUUGGAGGUAUCAUCAGUUUUUAGAAAAUGUGAAACAUAUUCCGGCUGGACUUGAAAGCUGAAUAUAAGAGAUGCGGCCAUUGAAAGAAUUGUCGGAUAUAGCGUCCAGGCUGGAGGAGUUAGACAACUUUAAAGAACUAUUACAAACUCUUAUACAAAAUAUUAGCAAGGUAGUCGCACAGAAGGGUGAAGCCUGGGCAGAUGAAAGUGGCGAUUUAAACUACAGUGAACUCAAACAAAUUAUUCUUAUAGAAACAGAACAAUGCGUUCAGAGUUGUUUGGAAAUAGCACAACACUAUAAAGGAACUUCAGCAUUAACUUCUAAAGUACAGUCCAAUCAUGGAGAUCCUGAGAUAGAUUCAAUGGAAGAUUCCUGUUCAAAUUCUCAAAAAACAGUGAACAAUGACAGAGACUUUUCAAGAGUGGAACAAGACCUGAGUUUACUAAACAUCGAGGAACUCGAAUCUACUGCUGGUACUGAGGCUCCGUCACAGAAACUGACAAUGCAAACUGACAAACUACUAUCUUUAACAGACAGCUUAUCAACGGACAUAAAUCAUGAGACGUUUAAAGGAAUAAUAAAAGAGCUUCAAGCUAUGAGAGAGGAUAUUUCUAGUCUGAAAUCUGUGAUGGAACCCUGGACUUCUGGGCCACAUCUUGAACACUGGCAAAACAAUACAAAAUCACGUGAUGUAUACAGGCAAGAUGAGCAGUAUUUGAAGCCGCUGGGUUUGUUUGCUGAAGAACUAGCUCUGAUGAAAUCUCUGAAGCAGGACAACAAGCAGUUACUUGAUGAUCUAGCUAAUUAUAAAGAGUUGUUAACAGCAAGGGAGUACGAGAUACAAAGUCUGCAAAGAACGGGAGUUGAACUGAAAGAAAAUUUGAAAUAUUUAAAUUUCCAAUAUGUUGAACUGAAAGAGGAUAUUGUUGAAUGUUAUAACUUUGUAGAGAAACAAGAGAACGAGAUUGAACAGAUGAGCAUUGAACUAAAAAGUGCACGAAAGAGUGUCGAGGAUUAUAAAGUGAAGAUGGAGAAAAUAAAAAGUGAUAUAGUCUGUGAUUACAGAGUAACUGAAGAGAAAUGUAGAAACUGUCAAAUAUUCAAGGACCACUACUGUUACAUAUUGAGUACCUCGGAAAUAUGUUAUGAUUGUUGGGUGAAGGAACUGGGCAUCUGAACUGAACUUAGUACCUGAACAGAAAAUCUGAACUGGGGCUUUGAACUGGGCAACUAAAAUGGACAUCUAAAACUGUUCAUCUGAGCUGGACAUCUAAACUGGGCACCUGAAACGAACCUUUGAACUGGGCAUUUGAAUAUGACAUCUGAGCUGGGCAUCUAAACUGGGCAUCUCAAAUAAAAAUACAAAACUGGACAUCUGAGCUGGGCAUCUAAACUGGGCACCUGAAACGAACCUUUGAACUGGGCAUUUCAAUAUGGCAUGAGCUGGGCAUCAGAAUUGUGAACCUGAUCUUAUCAUUUGAAUUGGGCAUCAAAAUGUGGCUCAUGAAUUGGACAUUUGGACGAGAAAUGUUAUUUAGAUAAACUCUGAAGAGUACAUCUGAAUGUUUGAACACAUGCAUCUAUUUACUAUGUUUUUUGUGUAACUUUGUAUCUCAACUUACUCAAGAGAUUCUCUGCUACACAUAAAUGUAUGAUAAUGCCGGGGCAGCAUGCUAUUAUAGAUAUUUGUUUAGUUUACUUGAGAAACAAAAUGUGUAGAAAUUAAAGCUGAAUGGUUCAUGGCAUUUUACUCCAGGCUCGUUUUAUCCAAUUAAAGGACCGUGUUUUUUUUUAAACCAUAAACAACGCCAACGCUAAAAUGGUAAAAUCAAGAGUUCAUUUAUUGACAGUCUCCGUUAACAUAUUUGACAUGUAUCAUUACAAGAUUCACUCCCUUGUCAAGGGGAAUCAUUCAAGAUAAAUAAACAAUGUCAACACGGUUUUAAUUUUACUUUAUUUCUUAAUGUAAAUGUAAAAAAAUAAUUAAUAAUUAAUCUACUUUUAGCCAACCUUUUUGUUUUAUAUGGAGUACCGUUAAAUCAUGUUUUAAUAUUAAGCUUGAAAUAAACGUGUGUGAAUGUAUCUUAAUGAUUCUUGACCAUCACCUUUCCUUUAGUCUGUGGGACAUAGUCGACAGUCUCUCUCCGUAUAUGUUGUAUACCAAACAGAACAUCGCUUACAAUGACACGCCUGUCCAUUUUUUCUAUGUUGUCUUCCCAUCGCUUUCUCUGUCCUUCUUUUUUCCUGGUACUGUUCCUGCAGGGAGGUCUUUGCGAGUCCCGAGGACCUCGUGAUAUAGCUAUUCAGUUUAAGUUUACUUGGAUUUUUUUUUUAGUGUCCAGUUGACAUUGUGAUACUGUCACGGAUUUGUCAUUUGUGAAGUGGUCUCUAUAGGUGAUAGGAGGCGCGGUGGCUGUGUGGUAAAGUGCUUGGCUUCCGAACCGGUGUCCAAUGUUCGAAUUCUAUUGAAGACUGGGAUUGAUACUUUAAGGAUCCUUAGGGCGGCUCUGAGUCCGCCCAGCUCUAAUGGGCACCUGACAUUAGUUGGGGAAAGGUAAAGGCGGUUGGUAGUUGUGCUGGCCGCAAGACACCCUCGUUAACAGUGGGUUGCGGUAACAGAUGACCUUUACAUCAUCUGCCCCAUAGAUCACAGGGUCUGAAAGGGGGACGUACUUUUUAGGUGAUACCUAGUAUCAUUCAUAUAGCAAUGAUGCCCAACCUUAUUCACCCUGCGGGCCAUUUUAAUUUCCGGCACUCAUGUCAAGGUCCUCGCCAGUAGUGCUUACAUACAUAAUAUUCAUCAAAGUCGCUAACUCUUCCGUGAUUCUGAAAUUGUUUUCGGUAUCGUGAAUAAAUGUUCGUUAGCUGUAACGGAGUGUUUUUGUUCUAUAGUUAUUAAAUGUGUUGUUUUUUUCUGAA